AUGGAUUUUAAUUUCGGCGAUUUGAAAAAGGAAACCAACUCGGCCGUCGAAAACAUUUUUGACCGUGCUGACGAUGCCAAGAAACACGCCCAGGAUAUGUUGGGCAGCAUUGAUGACGUUUUGGGUGGUGGUGUUGAAAAAACUGACACUGUUAAAUCGGAUGGCAUGGUAGAUCCAUUAGACCCCCAAGCUUUCGUACAACGUAUGUCAGCUGGAGCCAAGGAGGCCCAAGAGGAAUUGGAUGCCAAAUUUUCAAAGAACACCAAUGAUUUGGAAGAUUUCCUGGGUCAGACCACAAACAGUGUAAAACAAGGUGUGGCUUCGUUGACCAAUGAUUUCAUGAAUGCAGAACGUGGUUUUAAGGACCAGGCAGGAGAUGCUGCGAAGGAAAUUGAAAAGAAGGCAGCCCAGGCUGUUGAUGAUAUAUUCGGACACUUUGGUGGCGGUGACAAUAACUUUAAGCCCUCAGCUCCAGCAGAGGGUGUAGCCACAAGUGCAAACAACCAAUUUAACGACUUUGACGACGAUGAUGAUGAUGAACCGGCUGCCAUGACAACAUUCGGCAAAACAGCUGCAACAGGCAUUGCGGCUAGCAACAAAGAUUCCGACAAUGAUUCACCUUCCAUUUCGUAUAAUCCUUCGCCAGCCAAGAAGCUACCAUCCGAUGCUCUAAAGGAGCAGGACAAUGAGAAAUUCAUUUCCAGUGAAGAUCUUUUGGGUGAUUUCAAAGAUGAACGUACCGCAACACCCGACUCUCAGGCAUCCGGUAAUAACUAUUCAGCACCAUUGGCUAAAUUGCAAGAACCAAAAACAACAGAUCUGGAUGCAGAUGAUUUCGAUGAUGAUUUUGUUCAGGCUGAAAUUCCAAAACAAGUUGAAGAGAAAAGCGCACCAGUUGUUGAACCGACACCACCCGUACCAGUACCAACUCCAGCGGUGGCUAAACCCGUUCCUGUUGCAAUGGAACCGGUAAAAGAACAGCCAGCGCCUGUACCAGAAAUUAAAAAGGAGACACCAGCACCGGUUGCUGCUCCGACGACUGCUCCUACUCCAGUAGUUACGAAACAAGCAUCGGCUCCUAAGCCGGCUACAAUAACAACAUCGAAGACAACACAGCAACAACAACAGCAACCCAGUAUUGUAUCGGUUGAGGAUAUUUUCUAUAAAUAUGGUUUGG